CACAGAGUGCAGUUCGACUCCGAUCAAAACAAUCGAAUCGAAGAACACAACACAACACAACACAGUGCGACACAACACAACACAGUGCGACACGAGACAACGGACGGAGCAGUUGGGCCGAACAUGAAAAGAAGGCUUGUCCCGUGGUUCUAAGCAUCGUCUUUGUCGCCGUCGCGUCUCGUCCCGAGCAAGCACAGCAAUCCGACACAACGCAAUCCGACACAACGCAACGCGACACAACGCAACACAACACAACACAACACAAUUCAAUACAACAAAGGCCAACGCGGCAGCGCACGGAAUGAUCUCCUCCGCGAGAAGCCCGCGGUUCCUCGCGGUGGCUUCGAAACGGCUCGCCCGUUUUGCUCCCUCGGGCCCCUCCGGCCCGGGGGCGUGGAAAAGCCACCGGUGGUUCCACCGCUCGGGCCACACGCCCGGAGCGAGAGAGGGGGCUCCCCAAAGCGGCCUCUGGCGCCCCCUGGGAAAGACCGGGCGGCCCGGGAGGUCCCCCCCCGUUCGGAGGACGCAGCGGAAGACGCAGCUGCGGACGCAAUCGCAGACGCAAUCGCAGACGCAAUCGCAAUCGCGCAGAACGGCCACGCUGGCGGGCCUGAGAAACUGGGUGGUCCCCCGGCAACCGACCUUUGACAAGGUCAACGCCUGGCUGAAUGCCCCCCGCCAGCUGCCCCUGGCCCGCUGGAUCUCCCCCCGGAGGAUCGAAAUCCGGUUCAGCGAGUUCUUUGGCCACGCCAGCUUUCUCCUGGUGGCAGUCUCCUACGCCAUGGACGACUUUCUGCAGCUGCGGCUGAUCGCCAUCGCCGGGUCCUCCGCCAUGCUGGUCUUUACCUAUUUUCACCCCCACGGCCGGGUCCUGUGGCUUCCCUUUCGAUGGAACCUCGUCUUUGUGGCCCUCAACUCCUGGAGGGUGGCCCUCGUGGCCCUGGACCACUACCGGGCCAGCCAGCUCGGCGAGGCCCUGCAGGAUCUCUACGACCACCACUACUCCCUCCAGCUGGAAAAGACGGACUUUGCCCGGCUCGUCCGGGCGGGAACCCCCGAGACCUACCGGCCGGGAGAGCGGAUCCUCGGCCAGGACGAGGACAACCGCUUCGUGCGGCUGGUCGUCUCGGGGACGCUGGCCGUCGAUCGGGACGGGCAGGUCACCUACUUUUUGCACGAGGGGCAGUUCCUCUCGGAGAUGGGCCUCCACGCGGGCCUGGGCCUCCGGGGGGGGGUCGUCUCCUGCUGCAGCGUCACCGCGCUGGAAGAAAUCCUUCCGGGAGAAMACGAGGACAAAGCCGACGCUAGCCGACAACCACUUGGGCAGCAGCAGCAACAGCAGCAGCAGCAGCAGCAACAACAACGGCAAGACCAACGCCCACAACCCGUGCAGCUGGUGGCGUGGGACCGGACCGAGCUGAUGGACCUGCUGGAGCAACACAAAUCGAUCGAGCGGGCCCUCCGUGCCGUCCUCUCGUGGGACAUUGUCUCCAAGCUCAAGUCCCAGCGGGUCCUGCUGGCCAGCGGACACAUAAAAGACCCCGAGGUCUGGACCCUCAAGCGACGGGAGCAAUCCCUGGCCCGGUACAGGGCCAUACUCCGGAACACGCUGGAGGGGGACGAGCGGCAGCACCAGCAGCGGCGGCGCAACCCGCUGCUCGUGCUGCUGCCGCCGCAAUGGAGAAGACCGAGGGAGGACCGGGAUUGCGAACACACGACAACGAGUCAUUCCACCAACAAGCAGCUUCUGGCCAAGUACCGGGAGAUCCACCAGGUAUCGGACGGGGAUCAUUCCUCGGCCCUGGAGCAAAUUGGGUGGACGCCCUCGGAGUUCGAGAGCGGGAGGCGGGUGGGAGCCGCWACCACGACUGCGACGAGAACAGCCGUCGCCACCGCUAUCAAAACCACACACGGGGAAGGUGUCGGAGCGGAAGACAGGGCACCCAACGCGACAAACCCUUCMCCARAGGGCGCCGGCUGGUAGCCGCGCCGCGCCGCGGGAGAACAGAUUCGGGAUUCGCGACGAGAACACACACACACGCGGGGGAAAACUCGGAAUCGCCCGGGAACCGUCAACGGCGAGAACGGCGCCGAGGGAUCGAGUCGAUCGGGGAAAGCGGUUUUCGUGGCGAGAGGAUGCCCUGGCCUUCCGUUGCGUUCCGUCCGAGACUCCGGUCCUCGGUCUCGGAAAACCGAGUCGGCAAUUUUUUAAAUCUGCGCAGAAUAAAUGUGGGGCAUUUUAUAACAAUUUAGGAUUCUGCUCUAGUACUAUAGUAUCGAACACGACCGGCUGCCGCAAGCCAUGGGUCCGCCAUGCACAAGCUGCCGGCAAAAGAACCGAUUCCAAUAUUGCGUUCGCUGCGCCAGCGGAACAAUAUGCCGCCGACAACUGCGCAGGCAAAACAGUGACCAAAAAACUAUUCUAGUUAUAUCGAACACGGUAUACCGAUGCAAGAUGUGGGCCCCCCAUCGAGAUGCCAUCAACAAUGCCAUCGUCUCCRCUMWWRCAACCACUSKGUCUGCCAUUGGAAUAAGACCAGGAUAAUAAGUUGCAAUCCUUURUKUCACCCUCGCUGUCCGUACUURGGUUCCAUCUUKKGUCUGUAGGGCCAAGCCCGUCCUCUCUUGCAUGGUUGCAUUCACAGUGAACUUGGCUGCUGAAGGUACCAUGCGGACACUCAAAACCGAAGAAUGCAUAUCCGCGGUUCCUGCAAAUGUCUUCACACAAUAGGGGAUUGUCAGUGGAUAUUACUUCUUUAUAGUCCCACGGCGCCGUGAGUCUUGUGCCCCAAUCAGAACUGGUGCAUCCAUAUUGAACCGGCAGGUCACAGAUCGGAAGCCCCGCUUGAUACUCUGGGCCAAAAGGACACUCGUCCGAUGGAUCGAUACAAGGAACCCACUGCAGAGGAUCACAACGGUUCAAUUCCAUAGCCAAAUCUUCACAAACUUUCAAGGCCUCAAAGAAGGGGUUAAGAUCAAAAGUACAAUCAAACAUUGCAUCAAUGCAAGGAUACUGCUGGUCCAUAUGACAUCGAUUGAUGCCAGAGUUGGGCUCCAUCCCUGAACAAAUAUCAAGGGCCGAUCGAUGCUCUGUCCAGUCUGGGCAAGGCAGCCUCGAGGGCGAAGUUAAAUCUACCGAAACGUCGAGACAGGGAAACAACUGCAAUGCGUCACAACGAUUCAACUCAGUUGCCUUGUCAUUACAAACCUUCAGCAUUUCAAAGCCAAGGUUCAGAUCAAAACUACACUCUGCCCCUGGAUCAAUGCAAGGAUACUCCUGCUCAUCAUCACACCGAUUCAAACCAGACACAGGUUCCAUCCAUGAACAUCUCGGCAAAAUGUCUCUGUUCUCAGUCCCAAAAGGACACCAUGCACUAUCACCAUAGAUAGCCGAAAUAUCAAUGC